GACAGUUUUUGGACGUCUGGCUGGCUUGCAACCUUUUUCUCUGCACUGAGCAUCUGCUGCCGUGAAGAUAGGCAGAGAAAUGCCAAAUAGGGUUUUCUUUUCAGCUAUAAAGCCCUCAAUUUGUCUCAAGAACUCUUCUGUAACUGACAGCUGCCCAUUCAACAUUUGCAAAUCACCACAUCGCAACCACCUCCACAAGCAAUGGAAUAAACCUCGUGCAGAUACCCGAGCCCAAGAGAGGGUGACAGAAGACACGGGAGAAGGAGGGGACCAGGACCAGCUGAGAGAGUGACGGCAUCUUGCCAAGUCGAAGGUGUCAGAGAUGAAUCCCACGAGCCAGUUCCCCAGCACAACGGAAUAUGACUAUGCAUAUGAUGAAAACACUGCUCCGUGCAAUGAAGGAAAUAGUUUUCACAGGUUUAAAUCCCUCUUCCUGCCAAUCCUUUACUGCCUUGUGUUCGUCUUCUGCCUUCUGGGAAACUCCUUGGUCCUUUGGGUUCUUCUGACCAGGAAGAGGCUGACCACGAUGACUGACAUCUGCCUGCUGCACCUUGCUGCUUCUGAUCUGCUCUUCGUUUUGCCUCUCCCUUUCCAAGCCCACUACGCUUCAGACCAGUGGGUUUUUGGCAAUGCCAUGUGCAAGAUAAUAGCUGGCAUUUAUUAUACAGGUUUUUACAGCAGUAUUUUCUUUAUAACCCUCAUGAGCAUAGACAGGUAUAUAGCAAUUGUCCAUGCUGUCUAUGCCGUGAGGAUACGGACAGCCUCUUGUGGCAUAAUUAUCAGUUUAAUCUUGUGGCUGGUGGCUGGCUUGGCUUCUGUACCCAACAUUGUAUUCAAUCAGCAGCUGGAGAUUGAGCAGUCUGUGCAGUGCGUCCCCACAUACCCCCCGGGUGGCAAUACCUGGAAGGUCGCUUCCCAGUUUGGAGCCAAUAUCUUGGGCCUCUUGAUUCCCCUCAGCAUCCUUGUUUACUGCUAUGCCCAGAUACUGAAAAACCUGCAAAAAUGCAAAAAUCGGAACAAGAUCAAAGCCAUCAAGAUGAUUUUCAUCAUUGUCAUUGUUUUCUUCCUCUUCUGGGCUCCCUUCAACAUUGUACUGUUCCUAGAUUCCCUGCAGAGCCUGUAUGUCAUCAAUGACUGCAAAGCAAGCUACUGGAUAGCCCUGGCCCUACAGCUGACUGAAACCAUUUCUUUCAUCCACUGCUGCUUGAACCCCGUGAUCUAUGCGUUUGCUGGGGUGAUGUUCAAGGCCCAUCUUAAAGGAAUAUUUCAGUCCUGUGUUCGUCUCUUCUCAAGUCCUGCUGGAGGCAUUGCAUCCAGUCAGUCCUUUUCAGCACCCAACCAGCUCUCCGGCUGCUCUGAGAGCACAGGGGUGCUGUAAACCACCUUGAGCUGCCUUCUUCUGGAGGGAAUAGUUGCCCUAAGCACUGACGCAGCCCUGUACGCUAUACCAUGUUUGUGGCAUCCUCCUGGAAUGACCCAGCAUGCACAUGCUUCCUCUUGGGAUGAGCUGUGAAAUACUGCGCAGCCAGCCACAAAGGUAAUUUUCUAUGAC